GUGGAGUAAUAUUUUAUUUUUCAUAAUGCAUAAAGCCGAAUAUGUAGUAUUCUUUUGUCCUAAUUAAAACUGAAAAAAGACAAGAAAAGUGGUUCGUAUCCCAAUCAAUCCUCUACACAAAACUCGGAUAAGCUGGACAACUUUUAGCAACCCCCAAAUUCCAAUACCUAACCAUCCCAAAUCCAAAUCCCAAUCCCAUGCUGAUUUUACCGCCAAAAAGCCAGUGCUGCUCUCUCCCUCUGCAUCUCCCCUUCAAACCCUCUCCAACCCCAUACACCCGCUUCCACAUUCCCACCACACGAAAACUCUCCUGGCUGGGCUUCAAAGGCCGGAAUCUCAGAGUUUCUCCUCUUCUGAACUCAUCAGCGCCGCAAUUGCCGCCUCAUGAUGCAACGGGUAGCGCCGAAGAAUUCAAAGUGGAACUGGGUCGGCUGCUGGCGCUUUUGCCGGAGGAGAUGCGGCGCAGGGUGAACGAACAUCCUGAGCUCCAUGACUUGAUUGAGGUGAUCAUGGACUUGGGCCGGAAACCGCUGGCCCGGUUCCCGUCUGGGGAUUUCGUGCUGUCGGAUCACCCGAUUACAAUGGAGGACAUUCUACAUGCCACCUCCCAGGUUGGGGACUUUGCAGUUGAUAACCGAGCUGGAAUUAGCAGAACACUGCACCGUAUUAGCGCAAUUAGAAACAGGAAAGGUGGAAUUAUUGGUUUAACUUGUCGCGUUGGUCGUGCAGUGUCUGGAAGUGCCAAAUUAUUGCGAGAUUUAGUUAAAGAUGGUGCUUCAUUGCUACUUAUCGGGCCUCCUGGGGUGGGGAAAACCACAAUUAUAAGGGACAUAGCUCGUAUGCUUGCAAAUGAGUAUGAGAUGCGUGUAAUGAUUGUUGACACCUCAAAUGAAAUUGGAGGUGAUGGAGACAUUCCACACUCAGGAAUAGGCAAUGCUCGCAGGAUGCAAGUCCCACACACUGAUGUCCAACAUAAGGUGUUGAUAGAAGCCGUUGAAAAUCAUAUGCCACAAGUAAUUGUGAUUGAUGAAAUUGGCACAAAACUUGAAGCUGCGGCUGCUAGUACAAUUGCUCAACGUGGAAUUCAACUAGUUGCAACUGCUCAUGGAGUAACCAUUGAGAAUUUAGUGAUGAAUCCUGCAUUAGAGAUGCUUGUUGGAGGAGUGCAGAGUGUCACACUGGGAGAUGAAGAGGCAAGUAGGAGAGGAGUUCAAAAGUCUGUGUUGGAAAGGAAAGGACCAUCAACUUUCACUUGUGGGGUGGAGAUAAUUUCUAAAGCAGAGUUGCGAGUCCAUCGUAAUUUAGAAGCAACAGUAGAUGCUAUACUUGCAGGUCGCUACCCUAGUUUUGAGGUCCGAAAGUUGAACCACGGAACAACUGGAUUGGAGUCAAAUUUAUUAACUCCUGAUUUAUCUGAGAUGAGCAGUGAAAGUUGGACUGAAGAUACUUUUGAAAUGAUUGAUGAUUCAUCUUGCCAGGAUGCAAUUGCCUCAGAAGGGAAUUCUUAUAAAGAUGAGGACCAUCUCUGCAUAUUUCUUUAUGGGAUAUCAGAGGCAAGCAUCAUGCAAGGGAUAAAGCAGUUGAAGAUAGAUGAUACAAUUGAAUUUACCGACAACAUCAGCGAAGCAGAUGUGUUAAUAGCUUUGCAGUCCAAGCUCAAAAAGAAUUCUCGGCUACAAGCUGCUGCAAGAUCUCAAGGCCUUCCUACCUAUGUCAUCAAGACAAGCUCUUUGGCUCAGAUAAUGAGGAUCAUACAAGCUUUAAUGUCUGACUAUGCGGAUGGUUUUGAAUUUUAUGAAUCUGAAGCUAAGGAAAAUGACUCAGAGAAAAUUGAUGCUUUGGAGGAAGCAAGAAUUGCUAUCGAGCAAAGAGUAAUCCCGAAGGGAGAGCCUGCUGAUCUGCUUCCCCGCUCAUUAAAUAUACUACUGCUUCAGAAGGACCUCAUUCGUAAAUACAAUCUCAAAUCAGAAAGAAUUGUUUCUGAGCUUGGUGUGCGGCUCAGGAUCCUUCCUCUACAGAGUACAGUCAAUGGAGACUCUGAAGGAAAAGAAGCUGGUGAUUCUAGCAACUCUGAAAACUUUUAUGAGCUAAACAGUGAAACAAACGGGUCUGCUAGCAGUGUCAACAGAUUACCUCUUCUUCCUGACUAAAUAUAGUUGGGCCGAAUCUCGUCUCCUCAUCCCACAUCAAAGAUCAUAGAAGCACAGGUAUGUAUGUAACGUGGUGCUCACUCUCAGCCUAUUAAUUACUAGCUUUCAAUCAUAAUCUCUCAUAGAGCUUGUUUUCAUUCAGACAUCAUAAAGUUCCAAUUAGCACAUUUCGCCUUCUUUUUUUUUCUUCCUGAAAGACCUUAUAUUUGUUGAUCACACUAUUGUAGGUGCUCUUUUCUGGAAACUAUUUUGCUUCUAAUAGAAAUUUGCUUUAAGAUAACUUCCAUAAAUA